UAAAAAAAUUAAAACACUAUUCAGCUUCUCCUGAAAACAUGCGAAUAGAAAAUUAUAGAAGUUCUCUGUAACAAUUAACAAAAUUAAUAAGCCCUAAUUUCCAUCUCUCAAAUUAGUACUCUUCUUGAUUCAUUGUACCGUGCGCAAUUCUCCCAUCGAUUCACUGUGACGUUCUCAAAUUGAUAUUCGAUUCCCUUUGGUGAUCGCAGUUUUGGGAUGUCCUUUUGGACUUAUUUUUGAUUGUAUAUAUCGGAUGAUUAGUUAUUGGAAACCUGUGGUUCUUCAUUUGUCUUCUCUAUAGUAUAUGUGCUGAAAGUCUCAUUUGAGAGUAGGGCAAAUUGAUCUAUUCUUAGUGAACUUUUUAUGGUUUCUUGUCAAUGAACAAAAGGAGUCCAGGGUUAUUACAACUUGUUUUGUGUUUUCUCGUUAUAUGUUAAUGGGUUGUGUUAGUUUCAAUUAAUCUGGUGUAUUUUCAUCUGGGUUGGGACAAUUUUCAGCAUUAGCAGAGAGUAUUGUUUCAUUUGACUUUUUAGUUUCGUCAAUAUUGUGAAGCUGCUAUUUAUUCCAGGUUUAUUACAACUUGAACUUCUAUCUGAUAUGAUGGAAAAGGAAUUGAUCCUUGUUGGUGCAACGAUUGUGGAAGAUAAACUACAAGUUCCUCAGUAUAUAGAUAAACUGAUGCAAGCUGGUCUCAAGAUCUGGGUUCUGACAGGUGACGAGAUGGAAACAGCCAUAAGCAUUGGGUACGCGUGUAGUCUACAUCGGCAAGGGAUGAGAAAAAUAUGCAUAUCGGUGACGAAUGCAGACUCGAUUUAUUUUGAAUUCUUUUCUUCUAUUUAGUUUCUGUUGCUAUGUUCUUUAAUGACACGGGCCUUUGCUUUUGGGUUCUUUUCUAGGAUUAAGACCGUUGUAGGGGAAUUUCCUUAAAGUUAUCGAAGAGUAUUUGAAGCGUGGGAUCAUGAAAUGGAUAGCUUUUAAUCAUUUGGAA